AAUUGAAAAAUUUAAAUUUUUUUUUCCUUGUUCUGGAAAAAGUUAUUCCUUGAGAGGAAAGUGUUUCGAUACUUUUUUUAUUGUGUCCAAUUAAACGACAUUUACGCUUUUGUUGUGAAAUUUCAAUAUUAUCAAAUCUGCUUACUUAUCAUAGUUAGUUUUGAGCUGUAAGUCAAUUUUCUGCAAGUUAGAAUCUUGGAAUUAGUUUCUCAGUCGUUGGUAGGCACAUCAAGCAAUCGUUACACAAAAAACCUAUCAACACACAACUAUAAUCAUUAUGGCAUUCUGUGGUCAUGUUAGCCCCUCGGGACACAUUGUCCUACGCGACGAAGUCUAUACUGGACGUACACGUAUAAAUCUUGGACGAUCCUCAUCGGGUGAAUUCGAAUCUCCUGUCUCAGAAUCAUCGGAACAGGCAUCAAACGCCAUUGACAAUAAAGCCGUGAUAGAAGGCGGUGGCAGUUCGCGUACAUAUAUUCUAACUGACAAUCAAAGUGUUACACAAAAUGCCAGUGGCGACGACUCUUCUUCGUAUACACCACCGCCAGUAAAUGGGAAUCAUUCAAUGUCCGCCGAAUCCCUGUGCAGUUGGUCCGAAAUGUAUGGUGGACUGAAGCAGUCGGGCAGCCAAAGCAUGGUACCAUCUCUGGCCCUUGGCUCAAAGGCCAGCUCCAUGAGCUAUCGGGCUCAGAUCCAAUCCAUGAAGGUCGGACGUGAACCAGAUGCGGCAUUUGACAAUUGGUAUUCCGCAAAGGAGCAGCAACGACAGAAGAAGCAACUGCUCAUCAAGGCUGUACGUGAUCAGGAGCAGAAUAAGAUAGAGGAACGUAAACGCUUGGCCCAAUCUUGUUACGACGAAUGGCUUAGGAAUAAGGCCCGUCAGGCAUCAGAUCAACGUUCGGAUCGUCAUCUUCAGAUCGCUCGAUUCAAAGCGGCUUGUGCCAUUAAGUCCGAUAAUGGAAAAUCCAAUCGUGAUAUAUCACCCGAUAAGAUUCGGGAAGUGGUCCAAGGAUGGUGGCUAAAGAAACAAGAGCAAAGACAACGUCAACGUGAGGCUAUAAAACGAGCCGAAUUGCUAAAGGCCUUAGAUGAGCAGAGUCGUCGAAAAGAAGCAGAAAUGGCCUGGGAAAAGUGGAUGAGCAAAGUGUCCAGCAAACCCAAGCCAGUGCCCAUGAAUCAAGGCAUGGACUCGCUACGUGGCACUAUCUCUCAACUGUAUAUCAAUCCCCAGCAUUGGCAGGGUACAAUUAUUCGUCAGGGUCCGCAUAAAUAUUAGGAGAAAUAAGCUACGCGAUCGUUAAUCGAAUACAUUAAGAAUUGUUAUGUAUGAAAUUGUUUGGCCAUUCUAAAAAAAUUGUAUCGAAAAUAUAUGUUUGAAGAUAAAA